CUAGUGGGGACAUUUUAAAUUAGCAAACUGUGCUAAAGCGGUCGCAAAGUCGAGAACACACAGCUGUUAUACCACAAAACUUAAGUUAACUCCUUAUUUUCCUCAUGAAUAUGGUGCUGCGAGCCUGAGAUGUUCCACAGAACACACACAUGAGGACAGAUUCGAACCUGGUCAACUGCCCCUGUUUAUUGCCAGUCAACUGCCACUUCAGAGACUCUGCCCCUGGCCCCGCCCUCCAGAGAUGACUGAUGCCCAGAAGGCCAACGAGCUCCCUGAGUGCCCCACAGAGGGCGGGGCCACAACCGAGGAGCAGGACAUGCCCCUGAGACAAGAUACCACGCCCACCAGCUCACCGGCGUGCGAUGAGCCAAUCAGCUCGCAGAGUCCUGACAAACAGCCCGCCCCCGGCCUGCUCUCCAUGCCGUGCUUACUAAAGGAGCUUCAUAGAGACUCCGCCCCCGGGCAGCCGCAGGAAACGGACCCGCCCCCGGCUGCUGCCCAGUCCUGCGCGCAGGAAGACAGCGAUUCCUCCGUCUGCCUGCGGUCGCCUUCCUCCUCCGGUCACCUGGGAGACUCUGACACGCUUUCAUCAGCGGAGGAAGUGCCUGCGCCCGUUCAGACGGCCGGCAGGAAGUCGCGGCGUUCGCAUUCUGAGAGCGACACGUCCUCCGUGGCAAUGGCAGCCAAGAAGAACCGCUGCCAGGAGAAGCAGGUGAACGGGCGCGUGCGGGUCAGAGGCCCGCGCAGCCAGCAGCAGAAGCAGCGCAUGCGACAGCUGCGACAGAAACGCGAGGCGGCGGCGAGACGCAAACCUGAUGUGCUCCAGGACAGCAGCACCAGCGACAGCGACAUCACAGCCCACUCGUCCUCAUCCUCGCCACUAACGGCCUCGUCCGACAACGAGGGAGAGACAAUCAACUCUCACGCACCAGUGGGUCCUGCAGUGAUUGGACACUAUGAUAUUUCAGACACUCACUCCGAACAGGAACAGCAGUCGCUCUCAGGUGCAGUAGAAGUCCAGCCAUCUCAGGUGAGUCUGGCGUCCACAGACAGUGAAGUGGAGAUCGUUGGAGUUCAAGAGAACGCCAGCGUGGUCUCGAGGUUUCCUCGCGGAGUGAUCCAGUCGCUUUCUUCCUGGAAGCAGAGAGCUCCGGCUCAGUGGACGUCCGUCUCGGCGCAGUCCGGCUGGGUUCCUCCUCCUGAGGUGGUGGAUCUGACACUGGAUGAAGACCGGCACAGAUACCUGCUGUGAUCAAACACACUCACACAUACACGCUUAGAUACACACUCAUAUACAUGUGACUGGUGGGCCGAGUGACUCAAACCAUAAUGACUGUUGAAUCUAAGAACACAGAACGAUGCUUUCAUUAAAUGAAAAACACUUCAAACUGCUCAAUGUUUGCUUCUGAUGGAUUGUUUGCUACUGUGAGACACUGGAUGAGUAAAUGACAGCAGAUUUUAUAGGGUGGUAAUGUUUAAUGAGCAAAUACUGUACCAAGUUCUCCCAUGAUAAAGUCAGGUAUCAAAGCUACUGCUCUGAAAAACUAAAUAUGGGGCUUCCUUAUAGAAAUUAAUACUGAAUGUAAACAGGUGAAUCUCACAAAAACAUAUUUGGUCAUAUUUCACUCCAAAAUCAAGAAUAUAGAAUUUAUAUUUAGCCGAAAACAAGCAUAGCACUUUUUUUAGUGCUAUUAAGAUUUUAGAAUUGACAUUUAUUGUUAUUGUCAUUUUUAAAAAGACUAUAAUUUGAAAUAUUUAAAAUGUUGUACUGAUUUAAUUUAAAAAAUAUAUUUUAAUUUUAUUAUAAUUAUUAAAAUAAUUUUAUCCUUAUCUAUGUUUUUUCUGUAAUACAGUAAAUCAUGGAUGCUCUACGUUAGAGUGUUUAUGAAAUUGUCAAAUUUUGAAAAUGUUAAUCAUCCUAAAAAUGUGCUUUUUAUUUCUUUAUUCAGAUUAUAAUUUCUUGUUUGUUUGUUUUUCCAUUGAUUUUGGGGCAUUUUUGUGAGAUUCAGCUGAAAAAGUUUAAUCGCUCCUCAAACCUCAGUCAUUUCAAAAUGGCAAAUCAGGGAUGUUUUACUUUGUCACAUCCUCAGAUUUCAACGUCUUCUCUUCUUUUGAGUCACUUUGCCCCCCUGAAAAAACAGCCACACUUACAUGAUCCUGCUGUCGGCCUCAGGAGUCGCUUGCUGAACCGCCCCAGCCCCUGUUUUUGUGAUGUAACUUCCUGUUAAGCUGCUGAAGAGCUGUUAGCCGAGACCUAAACGCAAUCCUGCUGGUCUUACUCUCAGCGGAGCCGGAGCGGACGCCCCACUGCUCUGUGUGUGUGUGUUCACUGUCAAUCAUUUGAUGCUGCUCUGCUGUGUGGGGAGAAGCCUUGGAUUGUGUGUACCUCACCCAAUACUGCUUUCACAAUACGUUUGCGUGCGUGUGAGUGUGUGUGUGUGUGUGUGUGUGUGUGUGUAUCCUGAGCAUUAGAGAUUUUCAGAGCAUGUUCAUUACAUACAUCUUGCAUCGUCAUGAAACGGACCCUUGCUUUUAUUAUGCCAAUGGAACUUCUUAUUCAAAUACACUAGCAGUCAAAAGUUUGGAAUAAUUACGAUUUUUUUUUUCAUGUUUUUGAAAGAAGUCUGUUAUGCUCAUCAAGGCUGCUUUUGUUUGAUGAUAAAUCUAGAAAAAAACUGUAAUAUUUGUGAAAUAUUAUUACAAUUUAAAAUAAGUGUCUUCUAUGUAAAAUGUAAUUUAUUCCUGUGAUGCGCAGCUGAAUUUUCAGCAUCAUUACUCCAGUCUUCAGUGUCACAUGAUCCUUCAGAAAUCAUUCUAAUAUGCUGAUUUGCUAUUCAUGAAAUAUUCAUAUUAUUAUUAAUGUUGAAAACCAUUUUUGCUGUGUAAUAUUUUGUAGCAACAGUGAUACGCUACCAUUCAAAAGUUUGGGAUGAGGAUUUUUUUCAAAGAAAAAAUUAAUACUUUUAUUCAGCAUUAAAUUGAUUACAGGUGACAGUAAAGACAUUUAAAGAUGAAAAUAAUAAGCAGCACAACUGUUUUCAACACUGAUGAUGAUAAAUGUUUCUUGAGCAGCAAAUCAGUAUAUUAUGUGACACUGAAGACUGGAGUAAUGAUGCUGAAAGUUCAGCUUUGCAUCACAGAAAUAAAUUGCAUUUUAAAAUAUAUUCAAGUAGAAAACAGCUAUUUUUCUCAAUAUUACAGUUUUACUGUAUUUUAAUCAAAUAAAUACAGCCUUGGUAGGCAGAAGAGACUUCUUUCAAAAAUAUUAAUAAUUCCUAACUUUUGAACUGUAGUGUAUCUUGUUGUGAAUACAAUCAAUGUGUGAUGAGAAAAAAACAGUGAUUUUUGUUCUAAAUGGGGUCUAAUUUGCAUAUAGACUUUUUAAGCAGUUUAACCACAACUUUUGUUUUAUAUACAUGUUUCUAUGGUUGCAUCAUGCUAUCCCAGACACCACUGAAGCUAUUUAUUGAUAUUUGCUGUGUUUUACUUGAUGUUACAUAUAUGGAUCAUUUCUUCGAAGAGCAAUAUGAAUAUUCAUCUUGAAAACUGUGCGUAUUAAAGGGAUGGUUCACCCAAUAAAUGAAAACUGUCAUCAUUUGUUCACCCUCACGUCUUUUUAAACCCUUUUUAGACUUACUUUCUGCUUUAGAAAACAGAAGAUGAAUUGAAGAAUAUUCGUGCUGAUUUUUUCCAUUAAAAGUAAACUGCAUAAAAGUGAUAUGGACUAGUUUUAUGGUGCUUUAUUGUCAUUUAUGGCGACUGAAAGUCGCUGUGCUUUCAUAAUAUGGAAAAGAGCAACAUGAACGUUCUUCAAAACAUCUCCUUUGGUGUUUCUCAGAAGAAACGUAAGUCCAUUAAGGUGACUAAAUAAUGACAAAAUGUUCAUUUCUGGGCACACCGUCCCUUUAAGUUUGAGUCUUGGCAAUAUAUUCAGUCUGUAUACCAUCAGAUGUAGAGAAAGGUUUCCUUUUGUUUUUCUUCCUCACGAUUGUCACUUGUCAGACCACUGUGUGUGAGGAGCACUCACUACCUGAAUGUGAAUUAUUCAGCUUGUGUAUCGCCCUCGAACCCUGCAGGACGUUUCUGAAGCUGUGCCAGUGGCCAUUUUGGCUCACUUAGCCCCGCCUUAAACUGUGACCCGCCCCUCUGAGAGUUUGAUUGGACUUCUACUUCUGUCAAUCACAGGAGGUGAAUAUUAACAGCUGAUUGAAAAAGGGAAAAUGAAGUUCCAAAGCAGGAAAACAGAUAGUAGCUGAGAAAUUUAAAGGGAUGGUUCAUUCAAAAAUUACAAAUUCUCUUCUUUUUCUAGCUCUCAUGUCAUCUGAGGUUUUUUACCUUUUUGUUUGAACUUCCUUUAAGAUGCGUCCCUCUGUCAAACACAAGCAAUUUCUAUUCUAAAACUCUAAGACAUUGUCUUCUCUGGCCUCGAUAGUGAAGGCAGUUGCUGGAUCCCAGCUGCUGUCUCAUGUUCAGGCUGCUUUUGUGAAGGAAAGGAAGUCCUUUCAGAGUUAAAAGUGGGCACAUCUGUCACUAGUGACUGUGGACACUAGCAUUCCCGGAAUGUGUCAUAUCUGCUUUUCCUGUGUUAGCAAAGAGCACAGAGACAGUCCUGCACUCUCCGGGAUGAAAGACUGAUGCUUUAAAGGGAUAGUUCACAUAGAUACUAAAAUAAUCAUCAUUUAAUCGCUCUCGUGUUGUUCUAAACCUGUACGACUGACUAAAAGAUGUUUAGUAGAGUUUACUAAAUCAAUGGGGACAGAUGCUGUAAAUCUCCAAAAGUGACAUUAAAACACUACUGAACUAGUUCAUGCAACUUGUGCAUCUCACAAGCAGGCAAACAGUAGCUUUGUGAGGAACAGUUCCAAAUUUAAGGCAUUGUUUAGUGAAAAUAUUCUUAACUGAAGCUCUCAAAUCUCAUUUUCACUUAUGCAUAUUCAUACUUUUGAGCUUUCUAUUCAACAAAGAACAUGCUGCACAACUGUUUUCAAUAUUGAUAAUAAUAAAGAAUGUUUCUUGAGCAGCAAAUCAGCAUAUUAGAAUGAUUUCUGAAGGAUCAUGUGACACUGAAGACUGCAGUAAUGAUGCUGAAAAUUCAGCUUUGCAUCACAGGAAUAAAUUACAUUUUAAAAUGUAUAUAUAUAUAUAUAUAUAUAUAUAUAUAUAUAUAUGUAUAAAACAGUUAUUUUAAAUAGCAAUAAUAUUACUGAUUUUGCUGUAUUUUUGAUCAAAUAAAUGCAGCCUUGAGGCAUCUUUCAAACAUAUUAAUCUCAAGUCCCCGAAGUGUAUUUAAUUACAUUUUUGUUGACAUUUUUUGGAGCUCAGCAGCAUUAGUUCCCAUUAACUUUCUUUGUAAGGAAGAGAACAUUGAACACAUUCUACAGAAGUUUUGUUUUCCGUGAAUGAAGUCGUACGGGUUUGGAACCAGAAGUGAGUAAAAGAUGACAUUUGAACUAUUCCUGCUGUUGUCAAAUGCUCUCCCCAGCAUAUCCGGCUCUUAUUUCUUAGCAUUUCUAAAUGUUAUGUUUCAGAUUUCACAGCAUUGUGCUCUCAAGCCUCCAUUAUGAUGACGACAUCCUCCUCCUCGCCUGUGUUUUGUCUCCAAUCAUGUGUCUUGUGUUUCCUGCUGGAAUGUUUUGUAAUUUGAGACAGAUUUAAGAAUCCCAGCAAUAAUCCAACAUCCAGAGAACAGAGGGACAGACCUAUGCGACUGAAUAUAAUAUAAGUCACGUGACGUGAGGGGUUUGGAUUUUUAUUAGGUUUCCACUGCAUUUGAAAAACACUUUCCCUUUAAUUUAAUCAUGUUACUCUAUUUUUGUUCAUUUCAUUUUGACAGUAUUUUAAAUUAACAGCAAAAGAGUGUUAAUAUUUUUUGCUUCUGCAAGUCUUUCUUCCUUUAAACAUUUAUGUAGAAUAAAUAAAACUAUUUUAAGAUAAAUAAAUAAAUAGAGAUAUUUAAA